AUGUUUACGACUCAGAAGUUGCGAACACGAAGAAGGCAGACUUGUGGACAGGCCUUUACUGCAUCUGUCCAUCGUUGCGUGAAUUCUGUAUUCUCUCAGUAUGAAAAGAAAGGUGCAGAGCGUGUGAAAAAUCUUAAUUUGAAGCACAAGAAGGAUCCACGGUUAGUGGUGUCUGCGGGUAACGAUGGUUUCGUUAGGGUAUUCAAUGCAGACACGGGUGAAGUGCAAGGGGCGGUACAGCUUCAACAUCAAAAUGACAAAGUGCGUGGAGUUGCGUGGUCAGAGGUACGCCCGGAUCUGUUGGCAGUACAAUAUUAUCAACAUCCGACCGAGUUUCUUUCUAUCGAGGGUGGUAGCGAGGUAAGUAUUGAGCAGCUUUAA